AAAUUAUGUACUUUGACCCAGAUUUUCAAAAGCCAAAGACUAGUAAAUUCACAAAGAAAGCCAUGGCUUUCAGGGAAGACUUGUUUAUGGGUGUUUCCAUGGUUGAAAAAAUCAUGAGAAGAACCAAUUUGCUUGCGUAUAGUAGAGAAAUGGACCAGUUUAUCGAUCCGUAUGGGAUAGAAUUAUUCUUAUAUCAUUUGAAAGAGCAAAUCACUGUUACUUACACUCCAUACAACCUCAAUAUUGAUUAUAAUCCAGACAGACAGCAGGUAUUUUCUUCUCAGAUGUGAGCUUCAGGAAUUGCCAGAAAAAUACAGAUCUCAUCUGAAGGACACCACUUGCAUCCUCUACUAACAGAAGAGUCAGAUGAAGAGCCUAAGCCAGCACUUAUAGACAGACAAGCAGGGUUCAACCUCCCUCACAAGGACCCAUCAUGCAUCUUAAUCUCAGAGCCAGCCCAGGCAGAAAUAUUCCCUGAAAAUGACCAGAAGAAGAUGUCCUUGCAUAAGCGAGCUACUCACUUAAAACAAGGCAAGAAGAAACCUACAGCUGUUGGCAUCGCUAUCGAAGAGACUUUAAAUCUGAACGAACACACCAUGGCUAUGAAAGCACGCUUGCUUGAGGAGAAAUAAGAGAAUUCAUGAAGAAAAUGAAAGAAAAGAGAGAGAAAAAAGAUUAAAAUAAGCUCCUUAGACGCCAAAUGAUUGAGAGAAAUAAGGAAUUAGCGAAGAAGAAGUAUACUUACGACUAUGAUGGGAACCUUCUGUUUGUGAAGAAGCUUAACGGAGAUAAAUUACCGAAAAAUACCAUUAAUUUACCGUAUAAAUGGCACUUGACUGAUCAAGAAAUGAUUGAGAUAGAGAAGAAGGAGAAGAAAUAAUAAGGAGGCAGCUAGGAGGAUGUUUGCAAAAGAUAAUGCGAAAACAAAGCCUAAAGCUGAGAAAUUAUAUAAAUUGCCACCUAGCUUUGCGGCAACUCAGAUCCCUCCGAAGUUUGAAUAUGAGAGGAAUGGGAAUUAUGAUCUUAUGAAACCACAAAUGGGUGUUACUAUGGCCCAGAAUGGGAAAAGAAGGAAGUCUCAACCGUUCAGAGGUUCUAUUAAGAGUAGCUCCAAUGAUGGUAGAUCUUCUGUACCAAAAGAUGUGAGUAUCGAUGAUUUAGAAGAACUUACUGGAGCGCAGAAAAUGCCUGAUUUUGAUGAGAUUGAUCCUAUUUUUCACACCCAGCCAGAUCGAUUAUUGACUAAAAUCAGCAGUGAUAACCAUGUCAGGGUAGUAGAUAGAAAGGCAGUAAAGUGGAUGAUUACGACACAAGAUAAAAAUACUAAAUUUUUGGGCUCAUCAAAGACUGUAAAUAAGUGCAAAUCUAAAUAAACCAAAAAUAAAUACUGCAAAUCUCAAAGUAAAUCCAAGGGUAAAUACUGCAUCAAGAGGCAGUGUCAGAAGGAAAUUAAGUAAAUAACUACAGCCAGAAGCAACUCACAAAGAGAAGUUCUCGGAAGUCUCUUACUGAAAGGAUUGGGGAUACUGAUCUGUUUACUAAAAUUACCAAUCCUCAUCUCAGGAUGGAUUAUCAGGCCGCAUUUGGAGCUGCCUGGGGUCAAGAAAAAGGAGUUGGUGCAGGAAUUUUUGAGAAAGAAUUAGCAAAAAGACCAAAAAGUAGACAAAUAGGUCAAACAGUUUCAGCGAGAAACCUUCUCCAUACUCAAAGGAUUAGCUUAAAAACCCAAAGUAGUAAGAAGAGAGGGAUUUUGCCUCAGCCUCCAUUUGGGCAAACGCUUGGUCAUGGAAUAAUUACUAAAACUGAAUUGUAAUCGA